CAGAUGAGCCUCAUCCAGGCUGCCCCACGCUGAGUCCAAGACCCACCCACCACGGCACCCGCCAUGUCUCAGAUGCUGCACAUCGAGAUCCCCAACUUUGGGAACACAGUGCUGGGCUGUCUCAACGAGCAGCGCCUGUUGGGCCUCUACUGUGAUGUGUCCAUCGUGGUCAAAGGCCAGGCCUUCAAGGCCCACCGUGCAGUCCUGGCCGCCAGCAGCCUCUACUUCCGAGACCUCUUCAGCGGGAACAGCAAGAGUGCGUUCGAGCUGCCGGGCACGGUGCCGCCUGCCUGCUUCCAGCAGAUUCUGUCUUUCUGCUACACCGGCAAGCUCACCAUGGCAGCCAGUGAGCAGCUCGUGGUCAUGUACACGGCCGGCUUUCUGCAGAUCCAGCACAUUGUGGAACGGGGUACAGACCUCAUGUUCAAGGUGAGCUCACCCCACUGUGACUCGCAGACCGCCAUGAUUGAGGAUGCCAACUCAGAGCCCCAAAGUCCCUGCAACCAGCUGCAACCGGCCACUGCCGCCUAUGUCGCGUCCCCUUCCGUGCCCAUCCCGCUUCUGACCCGUGUAAAGCAUGAAGCCAUGGAGAUGCCGCCUGCCACCGGCUCGGGCCUGGCUUCUAAACGCCCACUGGAGACAGGCGCUCGAGAUGGUGUGGCGGUAGCUGCGGGUGCUGCGGGGACACCUGGCACGGCCCCUCUGAAGCUGCCUCGAGUCUCCUACUAUGGUGUGCCCAGCCUGGCCACGCUCAUCCCCAGUAUCCAGCAGGUACCCUAUCCCCAGGGGGAGAGGACCAGUCCUGGGGCCAGCAGCCUGCCCACUACUGACAGCCCCACCUCCUAUCACAACGAGGAAGAUGAGGAGGAUGACGAAGCCUAUGAUACCAUGGUGGAGGAGCAGUAUGGCCAGAUGUACAUUAAGGCCACAGGAAACUAUGCAGUGCAAGAGAAGCCAGAGCCGGUGCCCCUGGAGAGCCGUUCCUGUGUCCUCAUCCGUCGAGACCUGGUGGCACUGCCUGCCAGCCUCAUCAGCCAGAUUGGGUACCGCUGCCACCCAAAGCUCUACUCGGAGGGAGAUCCCGGAGAGAAACUGGAGCUCGUAGCCGGCUCCGGGGUCUACAUCACGCGUGGCCAGCUCAUGAACUGCCACCUGUGUGCGGGGGUGAAGCACAAGGUUCUGCUGCGGAGGCUCCUGGCCACCUUCUUUGACAGGAACACACUGGCCAAUAGCUGUGGCACUGGCAUACGCUCCUCUACCAGUGACCCGAGCCGAAAGCCACUGGACAGCCGAGUCCUGAAUGCUGUGAAACUGUACUGUCAGAACUUCGCCCCCAGCUUCAAAGAGAGUGAGAUGAAUGUGAUCGCUGCAGACAUGUGCACCAAUGCUCGCCGUGUCCGCAAGCGCUGGCUGCCCAAGAUCAAGUCCAUGCUGCCAGAGGGUGUGGAGAUGUACCGUAGCGUCAUGGGCACCUCGGCUGCCAGCCUGCCCCUGGACCCGGAGUUCCCACCUGCCGCCUCGCAGGUGUUUGAGCAGCGCAUCUACGCAGAGCGGCGGAGUGACGCGGCCACCAUCGUGGCCCUGAGAACUGAUGCUGUGAAUGUGGAUCUGAGCACCUCGGCCAACCCUGCCUUCGAGGCUAGUGAGGAGGCGGAUGGGGCUGGCUCGGUUAUCCAGGAGGUGGCUGCCCCCGAGCCGCUGCCUGCUGAUGGCCAGAGCCCCCCUCAGGCCUUUGAGCAGGGCAACACCAGCUCCAGCAGGCCUCAGACACCAGUGGCCACAGCAACAAGAAGGCCAGAGGGCACCUAUGCAGGGACCUUGUAAGUGGCUGGCAAGGCCAACUCACAAGGGACCUAGUACUAAAGCUGCUUGCAUGCAUUACUAAUACAAACAAAUGUGAUCAAAGCCACUUACCUACUGAACUGCUACUGCUGCCUGACAAAAAUGUGAUUUUUAUUCUGCCUGUAUUUAAAAUGGAUGAAGGAAACAAACGCAUUCAUUAUACUGUAAACAUUUAGGCCGCUGGCCACGCUCUGGGAGGAAGGUCCCGGGGCAACUUUUUGAUACUCCCCAGCUCAGUCUCCCAUGAUAGUGCUCCCUCCCUCUUCUUGGAGAGGUAGAAGAGGCCACCAGGUCCCUGAUGUUCCGCCCUGACUCUGC